CCCGCCCUUCAGCGCCGCCUUGCGCUCCAUCACGACCUCGUCACAACCAUCAUCGCCUCGCACGUCUCCGUCUUGGACCUUCUAGAGCCAUCGCCGCCGUCCGUGCAAUGCACUAGAGCUGGAGCAUGGCUGCGCCCUCGAGCCAGCAAGCAGAGCAACGCGCGUCGCCCAGCGCUUCUGCUGCCGCACCCGGCAGUCAGGCGGCGCUCCUGGGCGAGGCGUCUGCAGAUGAUGGAGAGAUCGCAGUAGGGCGAGAGGCAGCUGGCAUGAGUGUCGGACGACAUGACGCCGGUCUCGCCGCAGAGGACAUGCACCUGGACGAGGUCCGGGGUGCUGAGCAGCUCAACGCAGAUGCAAGCGCCGAGCCUGCCUCCACAGACAUGCGAGUCGCCAGCACCUCGCCGCACGUGCCGCUCAAGUCCGCCAGCCAGCACGCUGGCCCGCCCGCCUCAGUAGGCGAGACGCGUCGUGAGGCGUCUGCUCGCGCGUCUUCGGCGCCGCCGCUCGAAUGGACGGAAGCUCGUACACGGACGAGCCUGCCAGUGCUGGCAGAAGCUGCUGCUGCGGCUCGUCCCUCGCCCGCGCCGAGCGACUGGUCCAUCGGAACUCCGCCGCCGCCCGUCGUGUCGCAGGCUGCAGCUGUCCGGCCGCUCUCGAGAGCCAGUCUGUCCUCGGAGCUUUCUGAUGUCUCCGACGUCGAGCAUGGGGUGCCACUGCCUGCUUGGCGUGCUGCAUCGCUCGAGCCUCGCCCAAGACCAGGAGCCGAUCAGCGUGCGGCUGCUCCUCCGACACCCAUAGCGCCCCCGCCUCUUCCAGCGCAGCCCGACGCGCCUCGAAGGGCCUCUGCCAGCCCGCUGCGCGAGCCGUCUGGCGUGCCCCUCGAACUUGGUGCGAGCGCUGAGGCCGGGCCCUCGAGACUACCAGCGGAGGCACCAGCUGUGGCAGACCCCUCGGCGGAGCUAAUUGCGGCUCUCGCGGGUUCGCCUCCUCGCCGACAACUGCGUGCACGCAAGCCGGAUCAGCUCAACCCCUACACGGUCGAGCUGAUGCGCUACAAGCGGCGUCUGGUGCGCAACGACUGGCAGGACGCUGUCGUCUCUCAACGAGAGGUCGGAGAGCGUCAGCGCGCCGAGCGAGACCUGGAGCGCGAGGCGGCGCGAGCACGUGCUCGCGAGGAGCCCGUCGACGAAGAGACGCGCCUGCUGCGCGAGCAGCAGAGAGAGGAGCGCCGCAAGAAGAAGGCAGAGCGCGAAGAGAAGCGCAAAGAGGCGGCCAGGCGUCGCGAGGAGCGCGCAGCCAUCGAGAGUGCACGCCAGGCGGAGAGCCUGCGAGGCGCUCCUGAUGCUGCGGGCCUCUUCGCGAUGUACGGCGGCAUCAUCACGGACGACGAGGAUGGCGAUGCGGCGCCCGGCGACAGAGACGGGUCCAGAAACGCAGCCCGCACUUACGGGCGGAGAGGCCAGUCUGCUGCUGCUCGUGACGACGAGUCACGCUCGCCGUCCGCAUCUUCGGCGUCCUCUUUUCAGGUCCGGCCGCCGCGAAAGCGCCGGCGGAUGCCGUCAGGCUCUGCGGCUCUGCCAGGCAGCGAUGGCGAGCAGCAGAUGGCCAUAUCCAUGUCGUCCGACCCUUCAUCGUCAAGCGAUGACGCUUCGUCCAGUGGUGCGCCUAGCCGAGGGCGCGGUCGAUCUCACUCGGCCAUGCGCGAAGGAGAGGACCGUGAGGCGUACUACGCGCGGCAGCUGCGCAUGCUGCGGCGUGUGAUGCCGCUGAACAUGGCCAAGCGGCACAUUGCCGACCUGCGCGCGAUGCAUCGCGGCAAGGACUACCACUCCGACGGCCACAUCUCUGCGACGCCAGAGGCGGACAGCAGCAGCGACACGGACAUGCUGGUGCGGCCACAGCAUUCGACUCCUGCCACGAGCGUGGGACAAGCAGAGGAACGCGAGCUCGCGCCCGGUGAGGCGCGCCGCAGGAUCGUCUCUCGGCAGGACGUGGACGAUGCUCGCUUCGCCAUCGUUGGAGACUCGCUCUCCGAAGACGACGCGCCGAGCCCUGUCACUAUGUCGAGCAGCUCCAGCGAAGAUGACGAGCAGACCAGCGCCUUUCAGAGCGAUCUUCGAUGGUGGGCUGCGCCCACUGAUGCCGGACAGCCCGCGAUUCGGCAGCGGGCCCAUCUCGACGACGUAGACAAGCUGCUGUUGCGCACUCGAUCGCAUGCGCAGCCAGCGAGACGGCGCAGCGCUGCAGUGGCUCGACCCAAGACCUACACAGUCGCGGCGCGAUCAACGCAUGCUCCGCUGACGAAGAGCAGCCGGCCUGAGACCAGCCGCAAUGCUGCUAGGGCUGUGCCGAGCGCCGCACGAUCCAGGCACCGCUAUGCCUCCGGCGCCGCGCCCAGAGCACAAAACCCGCCAGUCGUCAACCCUCUGCAGCAGAGGCGCUUCGAUCUCCGAGAUGACACGCUGCUGUUCGACUUCGAGAUUCCGACGGUCCUCGCGAUGCCGCCUCGGCCCGCUCGUGACCUCAAUAGCGCGCCCGGCGCUCACGAGCCUGGCGCGGCAGCUCACCUGACGCCCGUGCAACGCACGCCUCAGUCGCUCAUCGCCAAGUCGCCCUCCACCCUUCGUUCAGAUCCAGUCGACUCGUCGCCUCUAGCGCAUCAUCGACAGCUAGCGAAGAGCCCGCUGCUGGGCGUGACCGGGUCGCAUGCGAAGCCACGCGUCGACGGGCGAGUGGCGCUUGCCCCGCGCCCGAACGAUAGCGUGCCGGAGCAUCUGCGCGCACAGCAGGUCGAGGCUGAGGAAUGGGCAGACUACAAGACGCUCACCCUCGACUUCGGCAUCUGUCCGCUGUCGCCAGGCAUCAGCUUUCACCCCGAGGGCUACAUCGGCCGCGGCAGACUGCACGAGCUGCUCCAUCUACGUCUGGAGCAGGCAGAGGAAGCGCCCGCAGAGAUCCGCACGGUGGCGUUUGUCGACGUCGAGCUGCGACCCGAGUGGGGCUGUCAGAGGCUCUUGGAUGAGCUGCCGCACGUCUUUGAUGCCUUGUUUCGCGCCGUGCAGCGAGCUGUGGGACCAGACGCGGAGGACGUUGCGUCGUCUCUCAAGCGCGCAGCCAGCGCGCUCGACGAUGUGCUGCGAUUCCUCUGCUUGCGCAUCACCCGUCUGCAGCAGCAAGAAGGUCGCGGUGAGGCCGAACAUGCCCAGCGUGCAGCUCUGUCCGAGACGACUCGAUUGCUAGACCGUCUCGACUCCGCGGGCCUGCGCCAAGGCUCUUCGGUGGCCGGCAACGCCGGCCUUGUGCUCUCGCUCUACUGGUUCCCGGUCGAGAUCCGCUGGCGCGCUCUUGUCCUCGACGCCUGCCAGCGUGAUCGAGCCGAACUGGGGCCGCUCGACGAGAGCGAUGAGUUCUGCCAGGCGGGCCGUUCACUGAUGCUUGCGCUGCUUGCACACGGCCUGCACCGCACCAUGCACAGCGUCAAAAAGGGCAGCCGCGCCGACGCAGCGAGCGAAGGGGUCACACACAUCACCGAUGUCUCUGCCGAGUACUGGGUCUGCCUGCUGCACUUGACGUCACAAGACUUCGUUCAGCCCGCCUACGGCGCUGAUGCGGCAUUCUGGCCGUCCUUCGAAGCCGCCCACCAACACUGGCAGCAGCUCAUCGGGCCCCGGCGGCCCUUGCUUGUCGCCGAAACGACGUGGUAUGCCACGCUCGCACUCUGCGCCCUGUCGCAGUUCUCGCCCGCGUCGGGCGCCGUGUCUCUCAGGCCGCACCUGGCUGCCAACUGGAGCAUGGUCGUGUCCAGCCUCUCUGCGCUUCGGCUGCGAUAUGACGACGCGGUGGAGCGGGCCAUGCCCAGCGCUGCUUUGGCCAGACGCGACCAGUACAUCCGCGUGGUGAUGCAGCGGUGCCUCAAUCUGACUUCCUUGUGGAGCUGGACACUCGCUGGCUCAGAAGCGGUGCUUGCAAAGCUCUUCAACGUCUUCGAGAGCCACAAGCUGGCGGACCUGCCGUGCGAGCGCGACCACGACUUCGCGCCCUUCUUGCGCGAGUACGACAUGAGCAUCCUGCUGGACGCGGCCCGGCACGAGUCGACGGCCUUCCACGUGUUCGUCAAGCUCGUCGCCUUAGCUGCGCAACAGGCACGCGAUGGCUGCGCAGAGCAGCAAGAUGGCGACCGCCAAGUGUCUCGCCUACUCUCGCGCAUGAUGCCGGUCCGGGUGAUGCCCUUCUCGAAGCAGACUCCGCCGACCGCGCUGCAGCGCUCAAUGCUCUUCAACCACUACACGAUCGCCAUGCUCUUCCUGCACCUCGUUCCUUCAGCUGCAACGCAGCGUCUGCGCCAGAUCAAGAGCUUCCUCUCCUUCUCGACCGCCGACGUCGCAUCGCAGCUGACGUGCAUCCGCGCAAUGAUGUACGCUGCCGUCCUCUUCCGGCAUCACGGCCUGGAGAUCACGCCGAUCAUGGCGUGGUUCGCGAGCGCCUUCAAGAGUCUGCUGCACGAUUUCGCAGAGCUCGAGAGGCGCACUGGCCCAGCCUUCAGCGGCCUGAUCCUUGAUCCACGUCGCCAGGCUGCUCUGAAGCAGCAGCGCCACGUUGCCAGUCUGCUCGUGGCCGCGCUCCGCUCCUUACAGCACAUCAUCGAUCAUGCGGAUCUGAGCGGCAAUGCGUCGACGACCGCACAAGAUUACCCCGAUUGCAGGCUGCUCGACAAAGCAUGGACGAGCGACGUGCUGGAGACGCAGGUUGCCGUCGACCCGGCGAUCGGCCACGAAGCGUUGAAGGUCGUGCACGCCUUCUUGCUCAGACGGAACGCAGCCAUAACUGCUCUCACAGCACCCGCAGUCGCCCCUCCGGCUCAGCAGCCGGCGAACGACGCAGACAGCCAGGACAGCUUCGCCGAUCUCUUCAUGGACACGGACCUCGGCAACGCCGACCUGCUCGAGCUGCUGGACGGAGGCGCAACGAAUGAUCUGGCGCAGCGAGCCUCCGACGCACACGCGGCGGACAGCCUCUUCGCUGCGAGCGUCGCCAGCACCCUGCUGCCGGCCAUCUUUCGCCUCGUGUCGAACAUGUUUCAUCCGGAUCGUGCCAGCACGCAGCAAAGCGUCAGUCUCUGCAUGGCGCGUCAGCCAGCGGCGGCCGGCGGAGCCCGCAGCGGCCUCGACUUGGUCUAUGCACAGGCGGCGCGGCGCUGCUUUGCGGAGCUGGCCAUCGACUGCUGGGCGGGCUGCGCCAACGUCCUGGUGCAGAACGGGCUGCGCGACUGGGACAGCUUCCUGAACAUGGGCAACGAGUCGUGGAAGCGCAUCGACGACGCGGCCGCCAAGCGCGACGUGGGCCUGCGCUUCGUGCAGAACAUGCUCGUCCUCGACUCCGCCUCGUACGAGUCACACGCCGGCGACGUGCUCGCCGUCUGGUUCGGGGCGGCUGCGGCGCGGCGCCUCUCCAUCCAGCACAGCUUUACGCGCACACUGCUGGCGCUCGAUCGCACGCAUCCUUGGUUCAGCGACAGCAUCUGGCUGUCAGAGCCGCGCGAAGGACCCUCGCAACAGCUCAGCCUCGAGAUCUUCGAGAGCACUCGGCAAGCAGAGCUGUCUGCAAUCUUUGCCCGCAUGGGCCGCGACUACGAGAGCGCGGCACCGCGAGACGCCGCACACUCCCGGCGCCGCCUUGCUGCCUUCGCGUGUCUCUCCGCGCUGCUUUCCUCGCUGCGCAUCCACGCCGAGGACGGACGCGGCGCUGCCCCCGCCGAGCAGCGCGAGUACUGUGCCUUUGGCCUCGAGCUGUGCCAGGCGAUGCGCGCUGGAGCUGGCCUGGCACUGCUGCGCGGCGCCGACGCCGAGCUGCGUCGGACCGCUUCGCUGCUUGACACGCUCCUUCAGUCCGCCUCAUCGUCGCUUCGCCAGUAGAGGCGCUGCCGGGCUAGAAUACAUGUAU